CGAGCAUGUUUUUCUCUUUGUACAACGUAUCUCUGUGCGUAUACCGUUUCCCGCACUGAUGAUCUGCCUCGUCUGGAGUUGGAAUUCUUGUUUUUCGUCAGUCUACAACUCUUUGCCUUCCUUGAAUCCACCCCCGUAAAAUUAAUCAUGAGGCGUCGCGGUCGUUUUCUCGUACCCGUUUUGUCGACGUUGUGUCAACAUCUUGCCGUCUUGGAUGCCGCACAUGGGAUGCGCAUGCGAGGUGUCCAGCAGGCGGACCUGCCGGCUGAGAUGCAGUCGCCUUUUGACACCAGAAAGGGCGAUGACUGCGACUGUAUUUUGGAUAGUAAGUCCGGAAAGAUGGUAAGCCAGAAGGGAGAUGACUGCGAUUGCAUCUUGGAUGGCAAGCAAGUCUCAGCGGUAGCGGACAGUGCGGCCUCCGGUCGCGGUGAUGACUGUGACUGCAUCUUGGAUAGUAAAUCCGGAAAGAUGGUAAGCAAAAAGGGAGAUGAUUGCGACUGCAUCCUCGACAGCAAGCAAGUCUCCGCCGUAGCAGAUAGCGCUUCGUCUGGCGGUGAUGACUGUGACUGUAUUCUUGACAGUAAAUCUGGCAAGAUGGUGAGCAAGAAAGGAGACGAUUGCGACUGCAUUCUCGACAACAAGCAAGUCUCGGCCGUAGCAGAUAGCUCGGCGUCCGGCGGUGAUGACUGCGAUUGCAUCUUGGAUAGUAAAUCUGGGAAGAUGGUGAGUAAGAAGGGAGAUGAUUGCGAUUGCAUCUUGGAUAGCAAGCAAGUCUCGGCUGUAGCAGAUAGCGCUGCUCAGUCCGCAUCUGGGGAUGACUGUGACUGCAUUUUGGAUAGUAAAUCCGGAAAGAUGGUAAGCCAGAAGGGAGAUGACUGCGAUUGCAUCUUGGAUAGCAAGCAAGUCUCGGCUGUUGCUGAUAGCGCUGCUCAGUCCGCUUCUGGGGAUGACUGCGACUGCAUUUUGGACAGUCAGUCGGGCAAGCUCGUGCCGAGCAAAAAGGGCGAUGACUGCGACUUAUGAAAUGCAAAAGCAUCGUACUAGUACAAAUCGCAUGACAAAUUUCCUCAGCGUGAGAAAUAGAACUUGUAAUGCGGAUCUAACUUGAGAAAGAAAUUUGUAAUGCAUGACUGCGAUUACUACGAGUACGAUACUUCUGCACAGGAUACGACUGCAUUUUGGACGGCGACCAGGACACCCAAGAAGAUGAAAACGCAGGAGCUCCAGCAGCAGGAGUGUCCGCUGUAGCCGAGUCGGCAACCGAGUCCGGGGACGAUUGCGAUUGCAUUCUGGACAGCAAAUCGGGGAAAAUGGUCAACAGCAAAAAGGGCGACGACUGCGAUUGCAUUUUGGAUGGAAGGAAGGGCACAAAGGAGCCGUCAACAUCCUCAAAAACAGUAACCACAGCAGCGCAGAAGAAGAUGAAAGUGGUCGAGAACAAGGCUUCUAGUGCAGCCGCGAAAAAAGCUGCCACGACCAAGAAGGGCGAUGACUGCGACUGUAUUUUGGAUGGAAAGAAAGCCACCAAGAAAGGCGACGACUGCGACUGUAUCCUGGAUGGAAACAAGGAGAAAAAUAUUAAAGACAGUGCAGGGCAGAAGGAAAAAAAGAAAACCGGUGACAGCAUUAAAAAAUCCUCCUCCUUAUUGUCCACAUCAAGCAGGAAAAAGGGUACGAAACUGAGCCGCGUCUUCAGGAGCAAUUCGCUGAGUCCAGCGAAGGCGACCGUAACUGCCAAGAAGCACUACAAGCUGAAAGGCAAGAACCGCAAAACCGGGAACCCCUGCGCCUGUUUUCUGGAAGGCAAGCUACCGGGCGAAGAUGAUGACUGCGAUUGCGUGCUGGACAAGCCAGAACAGCAGUUAAAGCCGGAUCAGAAAGGAGCUGCAACUACUUCACACGGGCUGCUCCCUGCAACCGCGGAAGAAAAGUCCACGGACGAGGAGGGGGACGCUGACGAGGCCGCCGAGACUGAGGACGAGGAGGAGGAACCCGAGCCUGCUGAAGCAGCUCCGGCCGACGAAAGUACAACUUCCAAGGCAGAAGUGCCAGGCCAGUUAAAGAAGGUUGUCAACCUCUCCGCGCAGCCGCUACUGAACAAGAGCCAGGCGGCCCCGCUUGGGAGCGCCGCUGCGAACCCCGUAGCUACGGCCCCACCGCCGGCCGCGGCGCCGGUUGCCACGCAAGGCGAGUGUGCGGAAAUCGAGGGGCGGAUUCAGCGGCUGCGGGCCGAAAUCGCGCUUUGGUCUGACCACACCACCUGGAACCAAAAAAUUGCCGCCGAUAAAGCCGUCGUCGCGACUCAAACCACUGCUGGACUCGGUAUGCAUCCUUAAAACAACACAGAGAUAUUAGUCUACACGCGCAGUGCUUUUUGUUUCGUGAGUAAUGUCUUUAUCUUCUAUCAUUGAUUAGGAAAAGGAACGAGUCCGUGUGCUAGGUGUAUUCGUGUGUCGAAGCAAAAAUGCUAAUGACAAUGAACUGGUAUUUAUUUCCUUGUACUCCAGCCGACAUGCUUGCGGACAUUCGGUAUGAGUUGCACCAGUAUCAAGUGCAAAAAUGUCUGGGUCUGGAAGAUUCUGACACUUGUCAUGCACGUUUUGCAUGAGCCAUGAUGUCUGUGAUGCAUCCCCUAGCAAUACAGAUUUUUUGAGGGCUUCUUGAUGCGUAUUCCGCAUUACAAAUGCCUUCUCAGCGUAGCAAAAACUGCCUUUCUUUUGGUACUCAUGCAAUACAGAUUUUUUUAGAAUCCAAAAUCAGCAUGACAAGUUGGAUUCUUCCAGACCCAGACACUUUUACAUUUGAUAACCAGAUCACGGUGCCGAUUCUCGUGGAGGUUCUGGCGGACAAGAUCGAGUAUCCCACAGAAAAAAGCUGGCAGGGCAUGUUUGUAAUGCAGAAAUAAAUACACAGAAAAAUCUGUCAUGGGCGGCCUCAUAGCAUGCUGUUUAGGAUACGCAAUACAGAUUUUUUUGUGUAUUUAUUUUUGCAUUACAAAUGUGACCUGCCAGCUUUUUUCUGUGGGAUAUCGAAAUGCUCGAGAAGCAGCACGCGGAGUGUGCCAGCGGCAAGGGAAAGGAGUGGGAAAAGGUCACGAACGGCAGCGGCAAGGGCGGGCCGGGCGGCGAGCGGUUAAACUUGCAAACCAUUCUGCUAGUCCUCGGGGGCGGCGCGGCCUUCGUCUUUUUGGUGUAUUACUGCAGUCGGCGGUAGGUAGGAGGCUGAUGCUGCUGGGACCAUUUGCCCUUUCUAGGGGCUGAACCUGUAGUACGGAACAAUGAGUAUGUAAGUAAGUAGUAGAGCGAAUCAACAUGAUUUCUUUUCCGCUUAGUGAGUAGAAUUCAAUUUGUUUCCGAUCCGUUGUGCCAUGUAAGCGUAAGGCCUUGAGCCGAGCGAACCAAAGAAAAACUGGAGGGCAACCAAGACCAACGGGAAGCGGUUUCCACAGUUCAAGA